CUGUAAGGUCAAAGUGGCCGUGCUGGGAAACUAAAGAGACAUGUACUUUUGUUGUUUUCGCUUCGUCGCGGCAUCAGGGAAUCCGGCGAGAAUCCGGAGUUUAUGAAGAGACAAGAACAGAAGAGGAGUGAUCUUGACGAGCAGCUCAAGGAAUAUAUCGCGGAAUGGAGAAAACAGAGGGCAAAGGAGGAAGAGGAGCUGAAGCGGCUGAAGGAGAAGCAAGCGAAGCGCAAGAUCUCGCGCGCCGAGGAGGAGAAGCGACUGGCCCAAAAGAAAAAGGAGGAGGAGGAGCGCCGCCAACGUGAGAUCGAGGAGAAGAAACAACGGGAUAUCGAGGAGAAGAGGAGACGCCUGGAGGAGUCGGAGAAGAAGCGCCAGGCCAUGAUGCAGGCGAUGAAGGACCAAGCGAGCAAGAAAGGCCCCAACUUCACCAUCCAGAAGAAAGACCUAUCUGGCAACCUCACGUCAGCACAGCUCGAACGCAACAAGACGAAAGAGCAGCUCGAGGAGGAGAAGAAAAUAUCACUGAGCAUCCGCAUCAAGCCCUUGGAAAUCGAGAACCUCAACAUCGACAAGCUGCGCAACAAAGCGACCGAGCUCUGGGAGGCCAUCGUCAAACUUGAGACCGAAAAGUACGAUCUUGAGGAGCGCCAGAAGCGCCAGGACUACGAUCUCAAGGAACUCAAGGAGCGACAAAAGCAGCAGCUCAGGCACAAGGCCCUCAAAAAGGGCUUGGACCCCGAAGCCCUCACGGGCAAAUAUCCCAUUAUUUUCAUUUUUCGCGCUGGAUAA